UGCGUCUUCAACUUCACAAGCUUUUGUAAUUCCACUCUACCCAAUGGAACACAGAUUCAGAUUAUCAAUUUUCUUCUUGUUAUGGGCUUCUAUGUGGUUCAGUGCAGAAUCAAAGUGUAGGGGUUGUGAUUUAGCUCUAGCUUCCUACUAUCUAGCAGAAGAUAACUUGACAUAUAUAUCAAAGAUUAUGGAAUCCAUGGUUCUUUCAAAAUCUGAAGACAUUGUGAGUUAUAACAAUGGCACCAUAAAAGACAAAGACACUCUCUCGGCCUUUACCAGAGUGAACGUUCCAUUCCCUUGUGAUUGCAUUGAUGAUGAGUUUCUUGGUCAUAUAUUCCAAUACGCGCUUGGAGAAGGAGAAACUUACACGUCCAUUGCCACUCAGAACUACUCCAAUUUGACCACUGAUGAGUGGUUGCAGAGUUUCAACAGCUAUUCACCAACUAGUAUUCCUGAUAGUGGAAUGCUUAAUGUCACCAUUAACUGUUCUUGCGGGAAUAGUGAUGUUUCCAAGGAUUAUGGAUUGUUCAUUACAUACCCGCUUAGACCUGAGGAUUCUUUGCAGUCAAUUGCCAAUGAGACGAAAAUUGAGCCUGAGAUCCUGCAGAAGUACAAUCCAGGUGUGAAUUUUAGCCAAGGGAGUGGUUUGGUUUAUAUUCCCGGGAAAGACCAAAAUAAUAUCUAUGUGCCCCUUCACCUGAGCACUGGAGUCGGUCUUUCAGGUGGGGCUAUUGCUGGAAUAUCUGUUGGAGUAGUAACGGGACUUCUUCUGUCAUCAUUUUGCUUGUAUGUUACGUGUUACCAGAGGAAGAAGGUAUGGAAGAAGAAAUUUCUCUUGGAAGAAUCCAGCUUGAAGACUGCCCAAGUUAAAAAUGAUGAAGCAUCUGGUAAUGCUAAACACGAAACUUCAGUUUCUGGUGGUCCUGCUGCAGCAGGUGGUACUGACACCAUUGGCAUUAGGGUGGAGAAAUCAGCCGAGUUUUCAUACGAAGAACUAGCCAAUGCCACAAAUAACUUCAGUAUGGCUAACAAAAUUGGUCAAGGUGGCUUUGGGGAGGUCUAUUAUGCAGAGCUGAAUGGCGAGAGAGCUGCAAUAAAAAAGAUGGACAUGCAAGCAUCAAAAGCAUUUCUUGCUGAACUGAAAGUGUUGACUCGUGUUCAUCACUUGAACCUGGUACCCUUGAUUGGAUAUUGCAUUGAGGGCUCCCUUUUCCUUGUCUAUGAAUACAUUGAGAAUGGAAACUUAAGCCAACAUCUACAUAGAUCAGAUAGAGAACCUUUGCCAUGGUCUACCCGGGUUCAAAUUGCCCUGGAUUCAGCCAGAGGUCUUCAAUACAUUCAUGAGCAUACAGUUCCUGUAUAUAUCCAUCGUGACAUAAAGUCAGAAAAUAUUUUAUUAGAUAGAAACUUCUGUGCAAAGGUUGCAGACUUUGGAUUAACCAAGCUGAUUGAUGUUGGAAGUUCUUCACUUCCCACUGCUAAUAUGGCAGGCACAUUUGGUUACAUGCCACCAGAAUAUGCAUACGGCAAUGUUUCUCCAAAAGUAGACGUCUACGCAUUUGGAGUUGUUCUUUAUGAACUUAUUUCUGCUAAAGAAGCCUUGAUAAAGGGUGGUGGUGCAUCUGGUGUUGAAUUAAAGGGCCUUGUAUCUUUGUUUGAUGAAGUUUUUGCUCAGCCUGAUCCCACAGAUGGUCUUAAAAAAUUGGUUGAUCCUAGGCUUGGAGAUAACUUCUCAAUCGAUUCAUUUCUCAAGAUGGCACAACUUGCUAAAGCAUGCACAGAGAGCGAUCCACAACAACGUCCAAAUAUGAGUUCAGUUGUGGUUGCUCUUACAGCACUUACUUCAACUACUGAGGAUUGGGAUAUUGCUUCCAUCAUUGAAAUUCCAGCUCUUGCAAAUCUAAUGUCUGGAAAAUAGGAAAAGGAGUGUAGAAUAGAAAUGUCACUAUAUAAUUCUUCUGUUACAAAACAA